AUGGAAGAGGCCUGCACGAAGGUGGGUCACUCUUUCGACCUGUUGAUUUCUCAUGUUAAAGUCGAUAAAGAUAAUAUGGAGUCUGUCAGGAAUCUCAUCACGUGGAAGAAAAACAUGACAACAACUGAUGUGCUUCAAACUCCUCCUAUUAAGCCUACUCUAACUCAAGUGGAAGAGACAACGGAAAAGCUUCAUAUUUACAUUGACGAUUUUCUUCCCACCCUCUCCCAACUGGAUCAUCUUGAGGAGGACCAAUCGUAG